AUAGAUGUCUCCUAUUACCAAGAAGCGAUGGACGUAGUCUUGGUUAUGGAGACCAGCAGUAAGUGGCCGGAUGAUCUGCAAGCCAUACAACACAUCAAAGCAGCCUUCAACAUCAAGCUAAAGCAACUGCUAGAGGCUGACCAGAAGACGCGAACAAAAGCGCUCAGAGGCAAUGCCAAUCCGUCGAAGCAGUUGACCUAUGACGCACACUUCCUGGACGUGCGUGUGGGCGGGCGUUUUGCCGACGUCACCAAAGGUGGCUUGACGUUUCGUCUGUGGAUCAAAUGUGAACGUGAAGAGUAUCUGAUGUCUACGGCUGGGGAGAGCGCAGCUGUCAAUGCGUAUCACACGCAGUACGAACUACGCCCAGCCCAUUCAAAGGCCAUAACAAGCAUUGCGUCAAGCCACAAGCACUACAGCGCCUCUGUCAG